GUGCUCGACACAUUGUUCUACUUCAUGGCGGAGCGGCACCAGGUUUUUCUACGCCGCACUGCGGGCGAGGAGCGGCCGUGGACAACCGACGAGAUUCUACAGAAAUAUCCGUUCACGAACGUCUUUCGAGUAUACGACCGGACGACGCAGUACAUCCUCCGACACGUCAUAAACCAAGGCAGUCAGGACCUCCACGAGUCGUGUUUCCGCGUCAUCCUCUUCCGCGUCUUCAAUAGAAUCGAUACGUGGAAGUAUCUGAAGCAACAGUUUGGCGAGCUGACGUGGGCAGACUUCGAUGUUUACUCGUACGAAAAGGUCCUCGAAGCGGCCGACGGUCCCCUUUACUCCCCCGCCUACUUCUGUCCGGCGCCCACAAAUGUCGGUGGCAAAAGCCAUUUUGCCCGUCAUCUCCGCCUGGUCCAGCUGUUCAUGGAAGAGAAUCUGCCGAGGCAGCUGAAACGGUUCCGCUAUCUCAAGGAUGCCCACGGAUGGUUGCGUCUCUUUCCGAGCAUGGGCGAUUUCACUGCGCUACAGCUUGCGUUAGACCUUAACAUGCUGCCGCACUUCAAUUGGAGCGAAGACGAGUGGGUCGGUGUAGGGCCUGGCUCCAAGGCGUGCCUUCGCAAAAUAUUUGGACCGGGAGUGUGCUCGCAUGAGCUCGAGGCCCUGCAGUGGCUGCACGCGACUCAGGACGAGCACUUCUCACGGUUGGGCAUCCCGGUGGACCGCAGGCCGCGGCUGUGCCAAUUGCGUCGUCCUGGCGUGACGAUGGUCGACUUGGAACAUGCGCUGUGCGAGUGCGAGAAAUACUCCCGGGCGUUGCAUCCGGACAUCAAGGGCAAGCACACCAAGGUUGCGAAGAAUGUCUUCGUUCCAACGCCGAAGCGUCCCACAGCAGACCUUCCUGUCAAUUGGACCAAAACCUCGUCCCGACCUGUCAAGCUCACCCGCCCGCCCCCUGUCCAUGCAGACGGUGAUGAAGUCGAGUGGGAGAUAUCUCGUAUUGUGUCAGAGCGAACCGAGGGGCCCGCCGGGCAUUAUGUGCUUCGAUGGACGGGCUACGGUCCAGAAGACGAUACCUGUCAGCCCGAGAAGGACCUCAUCGGAGAAGCGCAAGGAGUCCUCAAUGUCUGGAAAUCGAUGAAGGGGAGAAUUCGGCAGAGAUUGAGUGAGUAUCAGACGCUGUCGAGUAGAGAACUCAAGGACAGGAAGUCGCAAAUCGUCGAGGUUCCUGAUGGACAGUAUUUGUGGUAAUCUAUUACUCUCAUAACCGAACUUUCCGUGCUUGGCUUUUAUCGCUAUGCAACAAUGCUGUCAUGCUUGACUCUGAUACGC